AUGUGGGAGAGGCAGCGGUGCAGGCUCACGGGCAGGGCAUUUCUCAGGGAGAGGUGUUUGAAUGAAGGCUACGGGCUGGAUGCGGCUUUUGCGUGGCCGUUCCCAAGAUGGUGGCUGGACGCUGGCUCAAGCAGGAUCCCGCAGUGCACUCUGCCGGGUUGUGACCUGGUGUCAGAGCAGCUUAAGUUGGCCACAGAGGAGUUUCUGAUGUUUUUGAGAAGGAAAAAAUGCUGUAAGGGUUAUAAGUUUGUUCUUGGACAGUGCAUCCCUGAAGACUAUGAUGUCUGUGCCGAAGCUCCUUGCGAACAGCAGUGCACAGAUAACUUCGGGCGAGUCUUAUGCACUUGCUACCCUGGGUACCGCUAUGAUCGGGAGAGGCACAGGAACAGAGAGAAGCCUUAUUGCCUGGAUAUCGACGAGUGUGCCACGAGCAAUGGGACGCUGUGCUCUCAGAUCUGUGUCAACACCAUGGGCAGCUACAGGUGUGAGUGUCAUGAAGGCUAUACCCGGGAGGAGGACGGCAAGACAUGCACCAAAGGAGAUAAAGCUGGGCUUCCUGAGAAAUCUGAAAAUGUGGCGAAAUCAGGGACAUGCUGUGCCUCUUGUAAGGAAUUUCAUCAAAUAAAGCAGACGGUUUUACAACUGAAGCAAAAGGUUGCUUUGCUACCAAAUAAUGCUGCUGAUCUUAGCAAGCAAAUCACUGGUGAAAAAGUGCUUGCAUCUAACGCAUAUAUUCCUGGCCCCCCAGGCCAGCCCGGCCAACAAGGCCCUCCAGGGGCUCCAGGACCAAAAGGGAGUCAAGGAGUUCCUGGGUCACCUGGACCUCCUGGACAGCCAGGCCCUCGUGGAUCAAUGGGACCUAUGGGCCCAUCUCCAGACAUAUCACAUAUUAAGCAGGGCAGGCGGGGCCCCGUGGGCCCACCAGGAGCCCCGGGGAGAGAUGGUAGCAAGGGGGAGCGAGGCGCACCAGGACCAAAGGGGAUACCUGGCCCACCAGGCUCAUUUGAUUUCCUGUUGCUGAUGAUGGCAGACAUCAGAAACGACAUCGCUGAGCUGCAAGAGAGAGUGUUUGGACACAGGACUCAUUCAUCAACAGAGGAGUUUCCAUUACCUCAGGAAUUUACAAACUAUCAUGACACAGUAGAUUUUGGAUCUGGAGAAGACUACAAACCACGGGCAUCACCCAGAGACUCCAGGAUACAGAAGGCAGCCCACCCUUAG